UCUAGAUAAAAGUUUCUGUAACGAGUAUUGCGCAUGGCAAUAGGAAAUCCUUGGAUAGUAUCACCACUUAAUUUCCUGGUGAGGAGAAUAAAAUUGGCAUUUAACAAGAGCCAUAAACUUUUGGUAGAGAAUAUGAUGAUUAUUAAUUAAAUCCCACCUGCAAUUUCAAGCUCUUUCCAUUCUUAUAUACCAUCUUUCUUACCAACUUUACCUCAUCACCUCCUCUUUCCAUCGACGACAAACAGAAACAGAUAGAAUUAAUGGCUUCUUCUUUUGCCUCUCACUAUCAUCUCUUCUUUUCCAUUCUUGCCUUCUUCAUUUCAGGUCUUAUUUUCUUGUUUUCUCGCAAAACCAAAUCCAAACGCUUAAAUCUUCCUCCAGGACCGCCUGGUUGGCCUGUGGUUGGCAAUCUUUUCCAGGUCGCUUGCUCUGGAAAGCCAUUUUUUCAGUAUGUGGAAGACUUACGUCCAAAAUAUGGUCCAAUCUUUACUCUCAAGAUGGGAACAAGAACACUCAUAAUCCUUACUGAUGCUAAGUUAGUCCAUGAAGCACUCAUUGAAAGGGGUCCUCUCUUUGCUACCAGACCUCGCGAAAACCCUACAAGAGCCAUCUUUAGCUGCAACAAGUUCACUGUCAACGCCGCCGUUUAUGGCCCUGUGUGGCGGUCACUGAGGCGGAAUAUGGUGCAGAAUAUGCUUAGUUCAAGCAGGAUUAAGGAGUUUCGAAACGUAAGAGAAAGUGCAAUGGAUAAAUUUAUCCAUCGGCUUAGAACUGAGGCUGAGGCUAACGAUGGAGUUGUUUGGGUGCUUAAAAAUGCUCGGUAUGCAGUGUUCUGUAUACUUUUAACUAUGUGUUUUGGGCUUGAAAUGGAUGAAGAAACAAUCAUCAAGAUGGAUCAAAUAAUGAAAUCAGUCUUGAUAGUUCUUGAUCCAAGAAUCGAUGAUUUUCUUCCAAUUUUGAGUCCAUUUUUCUCCAAGCAAAGGAAAAGGGUAUCUCAAGUUAGAAAACAGCAAGUUGAUUUCAUGGUUCCCUUGAUCGAAAAGCGCCGAAAGGCUCUCCAAAACCCAGGAUCAGAUUCAACAGCAAUAUCAUUCUCAUAUUUAGAUACCCUUUAUGACCUAAAUAUCGAAGGGCGAAAAUCAUCUCCCACCGAUCAAGAACUGGUCACCCUUUGCUCAGAGUUCCUCAACGGUGGAACCGAUACCACGGCGACGGCAGUUGAGUGGGGCAUCGCACAGCUUAUCGACAAUCCCAAUGUUCAAGCUAAGUUGUACAAUGAAAUAAAACAAACAGUGGGUGAUCGGAAAGUUGAUGAAAAAGACGUAGAAAAGAUGGGCUAUUUACAGGCAAUCGUAAAAGAAUUGCUACGUAAACACCCACCCACAUUUUUUCUACUAACCCAUGCAGUAACCGAAGCAACAACUUUGGGAGGGUAUGAUAUUCCAACUGAUACAAAUGUUGAAAUCUUCUCCCCAGCAAUAGGGGAGGAUCCAAGAAUUUGGUCCAAUCCAGAAAAAUUCGAUCCGAACCGGUUCGUUUCCGGCAGGGAGGAAGUCGACAUAACCGGAGUGACUGAAGUAAAAAUGACACCGUUUGGUGUAGGGAGGAGGAUUUGCCCUGGUUUAGGGUUAGCCACUGUGCAUUUGCAUCUAAUGAUUGCAAGAAUGGUUCAAGAAUUUGAAUGGAGUGCUUACCCAUCAGAUAAGAAUGUGGAUUUUAGUGGGAAGUUGGAGUUCACUGUGGUCAUGAAGAAUACUCUUAGAGCUAAGAUCAAGCCCAGGAGUUAAGGUUUAUAUAAGUAAAGGUAAUUUCAAAUGCUCUCUCUAUAUAUAUAUAUCUAUAAAUAAUUUAUUGUGUUAUUCAUACGUUGUUAUUUAAGUUUUCUUUUAAUUGCUAUUCCUACAUGUUGUUAUUAUAUAUUUAACUAUUAAAUAUUCCUCAAGAAUUAUGUAACAAUAAAUAUGAUUUAUUGAGUUUUUUUAUGUAUGAAUUUGAAACUUGCUGAUAGAACAGUUUUCUUUCU